UCAGCGACCGGCACCGCCCUCCUGCCAAGAGUAUAUGGGCCAUGGCCGCUGAGCGGCUCCAAGUCCAAACCCUCGCUGCCCAUUAGGGUUUCUCUCCAGCCGCCCAUGGCCACCGCCGCCGCCGCCGCCGGCGACGCGACCCGCCGUAAGCGCGGGCGGGGCGGGAAGGGGCCGAACUCGGACCUCUCCCGCACCCUCACCGACUGCACCCGCCGCGGGGACGCCGCGGCGGCCAUGGCCGCCUUCGACGCGGCCGUGUCCGGCCCCGACGCGGCGCCCGACCUCCGCCUCGCCGCGCACCAGUACAACCAGCUCCUCCACCUGCUCGCCUCCGCCGACCGCGCCGCGUUCCCGGCCCACCCGGCCGCCGCCGCGCGCCGCGUGUUCGCGCACAUGCUGGGGGCCGGGGCGCCCCCCUCCGAGGCCACCAUCACCUCGCUCGCCCGCGUCGUCGCCGCGGACGCCGAGGGCGCCGACGAGGCCUUCGGGCUCGUCUCCACCAUGCGGGAGAAGUACGGCCUCGCGCCGCGCCUCCGGUCCUACAGCCCCGUGCUCGCCGCGUUCCGGCGCGCCGGGGAGGCUGGCAAGGCCUACGCGGUCGAGACUCACAUGGCGGCCUCGGCUGUAUCUCCGGAAGAGCCUGAGCUCGCCACGCUCCUUGAGGUGAGCGCGAAGGCCGGGGACGCAGACAAGGUGUAUGAGUAUAUGCACAAGCUGCGGCGAGCCGUGGGCUGCGUUAAAGAGGAGACCGCAGAGGUGUUGGAAGGGUGGUUCCGGAGCGACAAGGCGGCAACGGCUGGUAAGGCUGAGUGGGAUGUGUGUCAGGUGAAGGAUGCCAUUGUGGCGAACGGCGGUGGGUGCCAUCAGCUGGGGUGGCUCCAGAGUGGCCUGUGGACGGUGCAGCGGGUGAAAGUUGGGGCAGAAGGCAAGUGCGCCGGAUGCGGAUGCUGCCUAGCUUCUGUUGAUAUUGACAUGGAGGAUACACAGAAGUUUGCUGACUCUAUUUCUGGGUUGGCCCUUGAGAGGGAGACCAAAGCAAAUUUCAGCCAAUUUCAGGAGUGGCUGGAAGCACAUAAAGAAUACGAAGCUAUAGUCGAUGGUGCAAAUAUUGCACUUUAUCAACAAAAUUUUGCUGAGGGCGGUUUCAGCUUAGUUCAGUUGGAUGCUGUUGUAACUGAGCUACGAGAUAGAUAUAAUGGGAAAUGGCCCCUUGUUAUACUACAUAAUAAACGCAUCGCCAAGCUUAUGGAAACUGCAUCCAAUAGGCAUCUUAUUGAAACUUGGAGAGUAAAUGGAGCAUUGUACACAUCGCCAAGUGGGUCAAAUGAUGACUGGUAUUGGCUAUAUGCAGCAAUUGGAUUGAACUGUUUGCUCGUGACUAACGAUGAAAUGAGAGAUCACAUAUUUGAGCUCCUAGGAUCAUCGUCCUUCUUCUACAAGUGGAAACAAAGACAUCGGGUCAAGUACACUUUUAAUAAAGGGAAGGCGGUGCUUGUUCUGCCACCCCCCUAUUCUUCAGAGAUUCAAGAAUCUGAGACAGGAUCCUGGCACGUGCCAAUAGAGGAGAAAUCUGGCGACGAGAGAGCUAGGACCUGGCUUUGUAUUGGCAGGACAGAUCUCACCAAACCACCCCCUGAACCUCCGGUGGCCAACAGAGUUGCCCAGGAUUUAUCUCCAUCUGAGGCAUCUAAUGGGGCCGGGCAGAGGCAACCUGAAGAACAGGCUGCACCAGUAACUGGCAAAAGAAAGGAUAGAGAUUGACGCCGCUGCCAUUUGCGGGCAACUGAAGCAUGCCGUAUUUCUGCGACACGCUUUGUUCUGCGUCCCGCUAUAGUAGUCCAGGAACAGGGAUGCAGUGUUAGCGACAUCCCUGACAGCCUGUUUGUGUUUUGCAAGCAUUUGUAAAGCACACCUGACUUGUGCGCAGCUGUGCACCAAUUUGGUCCAGUUUUCAUGGAGGUUUUUUGGCAAAAAGUACUGCAUUGGUUCAAAUUAUAGUGUUAUAAUCCAUGAUCACAUUGUACAACAGUGGGAGGUUAAACUGGUUAUACCAUUUAUUUUCCGUGCAAUAUUUUUUUUGGCAA